GUUACAACGCACGUUUAUUCACAUGCGCGUUCAAAAUGGCGUAAGCGGCUUUGUGAAUUGGUGUCCUGUAAUGUGUUGCGUAUUAUUGUCGCUCAUUUCUGCGCAGUUUCUUCUAAGGGAUAAGAAUGGAUUCAAAAUGGAGACUUCGGGUGAGAUAGUGGACGGUGCUGAGCGGGGAACAUUAGCCAGAGGUGGGUUUACCAACUGUGGUUACCAAGGCGACGACGCACAGGACGAGCAGGCAGGCGGCGGAGUGAGUAGCAGCUAAGACUUUAGCAGUUAAGUUAGCAGAGAAGGACCUCUGAGAUCCUUAGCGCGACAAUAUUCACAUUUAACGUUAUGAAGAAGUGGCUGCGCACAGGUACACGUAGCUCUGCGGACUGUUGAUGGACUGAAAUCACCCGCAGACUUGUUCCUGACUUGUCGAUGAGGACCCUCUGAGAUUCUGGACAGGUGACAGCUGCUGAUCGCCCAAUGGAGAAAUAUGAAAAGCUUGCCAAAAUUGGCGAAGGAUCCUACGGUGUGGUGUUCAAAUGCAGGCACAGAGACACCGGCCAGAUAGUUGCCAUUAAGAAGUUUGUGGAAUCAGAAGAUGACCCGGUCAUUAAGAAGAUUGCAUUGCGAGAAAUACGUAUGCUGAAGCAGCUGAAACAUGUGAAUCUGGUCAACCUGCUCGAGGUCUUCAGGAGGAAACGACGGCUCCACUUGGUGUUUGAGUUCUGUGAGCAGACCGUCCUCAAUGAGCUGGACAAACACCCUCGAGGGGUGCCUGAGGCUCAGCUGAAAAGUAUAGUGUGGCAGACGCUGCAGGCUGUCAACUUUUGCCACAAACACAAUUGCAUCCACCGUGAUGUAAAGCCGGAGAACAUCCUCCUCACCAAAACCGGAGUCAUCAAGCUCUGUGACUUCGGCUUCGCCCGCAUUCUGACAGGACCAGAGGAUGACUACACAGACUACGUAGCGACCCGCUGGUACCGGGCCCCUGAGCUGCUGGUUGGAGAUACUCAGUACGGUCCUCCUGUAGAUGUGUGGGCUCUUGGCUGUGUCUUUGCUGAGCUGCUACAUGGGAAUCCACUGUGGCCCGGGAAGUCUGACGUUGACCAGCUCUACCUCAUUCGAAAAACUCUAGGUGACCUGAUCCCUCGUCACCAGCAGGUCUUCCGCUCCAAUGUUUUCUUCAGUGGAGUCAGUAUCCCUGAACCUGACACGACGGAGCCCUUGGAAAAGCGCUUCUAUGGAGUGUCGCUUCAUGCCCUCCAAGUUAUGAAGUCAUGCCUGGUGAUGGACCCUUCUCUCCGGCUGUCCUGUGAAGAGCUGCUGGAGCUGCCUUACUUCCAAGAAGAAGGAGGAGCCAACUGGGGCCGUGAUGGUGAGCGCCUUGGAAGACGACACGACAAAGCCUCUCGACGUAGACAGGCAGGGGCACAAUACCUGCCACAGUUACCAAACAGCAACAUUUCACCAGCGCCGGACGUCAAGAAACAGGUGAAGCAUAAAUAUCACCUGCCCAACAUUUAACAAAACAUCAAACUGGUCUACAAACUUGUGGCUGAGCUGACAAAGAUGGACUUCUACUUUGCUUUGUGCAACCGUUUGAAUAAAGUCACAUAUGUUCUUCAUGUGACUGUGA